AUGACUGAGAAAGCAGGUCUAUUCCAACAAUUCUAUACACUUUUGUAUAAGCAAUACCUGUUGCUGAUCAGAAACAAGGUACUCACAUUUGUUAGAGUGACUGCAUCAUUAUGGACUGUGCUCAUAUUCUAUAUUAUUCUCAAGAGUAUCCACUCAUCUGGUGAUGAAGUAUACCCAACAACAUCAGUUGUCUUUAACUACACCACAAAUAGUGAUUACUACCUACAAUACUACUUUGAUCCAACUAUUACACAGCCAGAGAAGGACCAGAUUGUCGGUGACAUUGUUGGCUAUAUGGGCUGGAAGGAGGGCGAUAUCCUGGAGCUCACAAAUGGUACAAAUCAGAUCGACACAUUCACUGAGCAGGCCAUGACCAACACCAACACUACCCUUGCUACCGUCUUCUUCUCAAAGAGAAACGCCACCAACUACUUCUACUCGCUCGGCUACAACUACAAUGAUCAGGUGUCAAAGUCGUCAUUCAUCUUCAACUUCCAGCCAUACGGCUACAACACCGCCACCAGGUACGUCUACGCCAUCCGUGCCGCCAUCGAGACAUCGUUGGCCGCGACCAUCACUGGAGGUGAAGCCAAAAUUGAGAUCUUGAACCGUGAGCCACCCUCAGUGCUGGGCGGCGCCGCCACACUCCCCGGCAAGACCGUCAUCUCCAUGCUGUUCCCCUUCUUCCUGACUCUCGGCCUGACAUUCCCAUUCAUCCUGUUCGUCUACCUAAUCGUCGAGGAGAAGGAGCGCAAGAUCCGUUCAUACCUCCGCGCAUUCGGAGUACAUGACACCAUCUACUACAGCACAUGGCUCAUCGAUGGUAUCCUGGUGGCAUUGAUCAACACUAUCAUCGUCAUGAUCUUUGGUUACUCUGCUGACAUCACCUUCAUCAGCAACACCAACUCAUCAGUCAUAUUCAUUGUGCUCAUGACUUACCAAGUCAGUCUCAUUGGCAUUGGACUUCUGAUCGCCUCACUCAUCUCGCGUACCAAGGCAGCCAUGAUCCUUGCCGUCGUCAUCUUCUCGAUCUCGAUUGUUGGCUCGAUCCUUAUGUCAAUGAUGACAUCACUCGUCUAUGCUCUCUGGUCAAACAAGGACAAGUACUACGACUGGCUCAUCUUGUUCCAAGUGUUGACUCCACUAAACUGGAUCAAGGUCAUUGUAGACAUAUCAACUGUGACGAUCAAUGCCAACUUUAUAGACUUUAACAGUAAGGUUGUACCAGGUCACUAUGAUUGGUCCAACUUUGUCGGUAACAUCACAUCAAGUUAUGCUGAGCGCAAGAUUACUACAACGUACAACACAAACAGCUACAUCUUUGUAGCAACGAUCAUCUACAUGUUGUUGGCAUGGUACUUUGACAAGGUGAUCCCCGACGACUUUGGCGGCAGACGCUCGCCAAUCUUCCUCUUCACCAAGAAGUUCUGGUUCCCCAAUGCCACGCCCAGCCCCAUCAAAGAAUCCGACCUCUACGCCAUGAACGACUCACAAGACCCCGACAUUGUAGGUGAGGGCACCUGUGUCACCAUGGACAACUUCCGCGACCACUCUCUGGUCAUCAGGAAUCUGCAGAAGAAGUACGGCAAGAAGCGUGUCGUCAACAACCUGUCCAUCUCGGCUGAGAAGGGCAAGAUCGUCGCACUGCUGGGUCACAAUGGUGCUGGUAAGACCACCACCAUCAACAUGGUCACCGGCCAGACCACCAUCACUGCUGGCCAGGUCUUUGUGCACGGCUACGACGUCAGCACCCAGAUGGAGCACAUCAGGACCAUGUUGGGACUGUGUCCACAGUUCGAUGUCUACUGGCCAGACUUCACCGCUCGUGAGCAUCUCACAAUCAUGACAUUGGUCAAGGAGAAGAGAGAUAACAUCAAGGAGGACAUCAAUCAGAUUUUGGCCAGCGUCAGGCUAUCCUCAGUUGGUGACAACCAAGUCAGUUCAUACAGUGGUGGUAUGAGAAGAAGACUUUCAGUGGCCAUUGGUAUCAUUGGAGAGCCAAAAGUUGUCAUCCUAGAUGAGCCAACCACUGGUAUCGAUCCAGCCAACCGUAGAUACAUUUGGAAGUUGAUCAAGAGUAUAAAGAAGGACAAGUUAAUCCUACUAACAACUCACUCGAUGGAGGAAGCUGAUGCAUUGGGCGACAAGAUCCUUAUAAUGGACCAAGGCCAGCUGUCUGGAUGUGGAACAUCGUUGCAUUUGAAGGACAGAUAUGGAAGUGGAUACAAGCUGCACUUGAUCACCACCGAUCUGGAGAAGACACAGGAGUUUGUACGUAGUCACCUGCCAGAUGCCGCACUGGACCGUAUCAACUCGAUGAACAUCAUCUACACAAUUCCAACGAUGGACCAGAACUUCUCCAACUUCCUCAAGUUGCUCGCCACCAACACCAACAACAUCGAGGCACUGAUCACCGACUGGCAGAUUCAGAACACCACUCUUGAGGAUGUAUUCCUUCACCUUGUGCGCAAGCAAGAACACUCAUAA